AUGAUUUCAGUUCCGAGACGUAUUCGUGUAUAUUCAGAUGGCAUUUAUGAUUUGUUUCAUCAAGGCCAUGCACGACAGUUACUACAGGCAAAAAAUGCAUUUCCAGAUGUAUAUCUUAUUGUUGGAGUGAAUAAUGACGAAAUGACACAUAUGAAUAAAGGAAGAACUGUUAUGAUGGAAGAUGAAAGAUAUGAAUCUGUACGUCACUGUAGAUAUGUGGAUGAAGUUGUACGUGAUGCUCCAUGGGUUUUAGAUAAUGAUUUUUUGGAAAAACAUAAGAUUGAUUUUGUUGCACAUGAUGACAUACCAUAUACAAUGGGUUCUACAACUGAAGAUGUUUAUAAGGACAUAAAAAGGAGAGGAAUGUUUAUUGCCACAGAGAGAACUGAAGGAAUAUCUACUUCAGAUAUAGUAGCUCGAAUAGUACGAGACUAUGAUGUGUACGUUAGAAGAAAUCUUGCUCGAGGCUAUUCAGCUAAAGAAAUGAAUGUGUCAUUUCUGAAUGAAAAGAAAUUCUUGCUUCAGAAUAAAAUGGAUAUUUUGAAAGACAAAAUAGGUGGAAAACGUCAUGAACUCAUCCAGAAAUGGGAAGAAAAAUCUCGUGAUUUCAUCAAUUCAUUCCUUGAAUUAUUUGGACGAGAAGGUCGUUUGAAUAAUCUUCUUAGAGGUGGUUUUAUUAGACAAACUCUGUCUCCUCCUCGUAGUCCUUCUAGUAGUCCACCAUCGUCAUGUUCUCCACCUCAUAAGAUAAAGAAGUUUGAUUCUGAUUCAGAUGAAAGCUUGAAUAAUUUAUUAGAUGCAUCUUCUGAGUUUUAUAAGCAAGAUGAAAUAGAUGAAUGAGUCAGUUAAAAUUUUACUAUUACUAUACAUUUAUUAGUCAUAUUAUUCAAGAGUGAAAAUUGGAGAUAAUAUAGCAAACUCAGAAAAAGAAGGUGAUAAAAGAUUUAUAUAUUCAUUGUAAUUUAUGUUGUUUACUAUUUCUAAAGUAAAGUAUAAAACAAACAAAUGCUACUUUUUUGGAAUGUUAAAAUAAAUAACUGUAAUGAUAAACUUAAAUUGGGAGUGCAUGUAAAAAUAAUUUUUAUAUUUUGUUAUAUUUGUAUUUUAUAUUGUUUUAUUGAAGUUAUGCCUGAAAAUAGCAAUUAUUAUGAUUUUUCCAUUUAAU